GUACCAGGCGGAGGUGACCUGGCAUCAGGUAAUAAAUCAUUAAACAACAAGAUGUCUUCAGUACCGGAACCACCACCCUUUAAAAAGGAACCACCCAAAGAGAAAGACUUUCCAAACCCAGGCCUCAGAGGAGUCCACACAACCACUUUGUUUCGAGCUGUGAAUCCAGAGCUCUUCAUUAAGCCUAACAAACCUGUAAUGGCUUUCGGAUUGAUAACUCUCUCACUCUGUGUGGCUUAUAUUGGCUAUCUGCAUGCAACACAAGAGAAUAAAAAGGACCUCUAUGAAGAUAUUGAUAGCAAGGGGAACAGUUCUAUGAGGAGGAGAACAUCUAACUGGGAUCAAUAG